AAAAGUUUGUAAAGGAAUUAAAGUAUGUUGCUCUAAAGUAUUGGGAAUGAUAUUUAACUUUAUAAAACAACGCUUUUCUUAUCAGAAAUCAGAAAAUAACGAUGCAAAACGAAAAUAGCGCCAAAAACCGGCUUUAAUCGCGCACGAAUACACUAUCGUAGCCAAUUGCUAGUCAGGACACUGUUGAACAAGUAAGAUUUCGGGAAGGUUGUUUGUCACGUGCCCAAUCGUUACGAUAACACUUGGCGCAAACUUCAGAAAAGUUUUGAACGGCGUGGUAACGUUUGCUCCCAGAGGCAGUCGUAACGCUAAUUCAGAAUUACUGCAUCAUUUUUCAAAAACAAAAUGAGUUUAGAACUAAAUGAAGAAAAUUCAGAUGCUUUACGCGAAGCCUGUGGCCUUUUCGGUUGCAUUGCUACUGGACACUGGCCCACAAAUUUAGAUGUUGCUCAUAUUAUUUACCUGGGUUUGAUCGCACUGCAACACAGAGGCCAGGAGAGUUGUGGAAUAGUGUCCAGCAAUGGGGACAAGCACAUCAUGCGAACCCACAAGGGGUCUGGUUUAGUCAGUCAUGCAUUUAAGGAAGACGAUCUAGCCAAAUUGAAAGGCAACCUGGGUAUCGGACAUACCAGGUACUCAACCCUAGGAGGCACAGAGCAUCUCAACACUCAGCCAUUUGUUGUAAAUAUGAAACAUGCCAAAUUAGCUUUGGCUCACAACGGUGAGCUUGUUAAUGCUUCAGAACUACGCAGAGAAAUCAUGGGAAGAGGAGUCGGUUUAUCUACAGAAUCGGACAGUGAGCUUAUGAUUCAGACUUUGUGCCUUCCUCCACCUGAACCGAAUAAUGAAACAGAGGACAGUCCCGAUUGGGUUGCCCGAAUCCAGAAUCUGAUGAAGCGCACAAAGACUGCCUAUUCCCUGCUCAUCAUGAGCGGGGACACUAUCUAUGCAGUCAGAGAUCCUUAUGGGCUCAGGCCAUUAUGCGUUGGAAAACUUAUACCACCGAGAGGAACGAAAGUUCUUCCUGAUAAUGACGAUGAGUGUGAUGGCUACGUGGUUGCUUCCGAAAGUUGUGCCUUUCCAUCGGUGGCAGGAAGGCUGCUGCGCGAAGUGGAACCUGGCGAGAUUUUGGAAAUAACGAAAAAUGGCAUCAGAUCCAUUUGUAUAGUUCCCAGGCAAAACGACCAAAAAAUGUCUUUGUGUAUUUUUGAAUACGUUUAUUUUGCAAGACCGGACACCUAUAUGGAAGGCCAAAUGGUGUACACUGCACGAAUGGAAUGUGGAAGACAAUUGGCCAGACAAUCUCCUGUUGAAGCUGAUGUAGUGAGUGCAGUACCUGAAACAUCAACGCCUGCUGCCAUUGGAUUUGCUGAAGAAUCUGGAAUCGCCUAUAGGGAGAUUUUCAGCAAAAACAGAUAUGUUGGUAGAAGUUUUAUUCAGCCUAGCACAAGACUAAGGCAGUUGGCGGUUUUAAAGAAAUUCGGCCCACUGAGUGAAAAUUUUAAAGAUAAACGUAUAGUUUUAAUCGAUGACUCCAUUGUUCGAGGCACUACAAUUGCUGCUAUUAUUAGAAUGCUCAGGGAAGCUGGUGCUACUGAGGUUCACAUUAGAAUAGCCUCGCCUCCAUUACAUUUUCCUUGUUACAUGGGUAUCAAUAUUCCUACUAAAGAAGAGCUUAUUGCAAACAAACUGAAUGCCGAUCAGUUAGCUGAGCAGAUAGGUGCAGACAGUUUGGUAUAUUUAACUGUAGAAAAUUUAGAAAAUGCAGUUAGGAAGCACUCAAAUACUGAUGAAAAAUGUGGAGGUCAUUGUACUGCUUGCUUAACUGGAAUAUAUCCUGUUGAACUUGAAUGGUGAAAGAACUCAAAUGAACAUUAAAACUAAAAGUUGUUACAUCUUUUUUAUUGUUGUAUAGAUUUUUAGUGAUGUUAUUGUUCCUACUUUAAUUGAUCUUUAUAAAAUUUUCUUUAUAUAAUUUUUUUGUAAUCAAAAAUUUAAAAUAUAGAAUAAUUUUAAGUGUCAAAUCAUGCUGUAAAUAACAUCAUACUGUUUUAUGUAAAUGGAGUUUUAUAGUUUCAGAAACUACUGAAUAGAAUUGUUUUGUAACAUAUUUAAAUAAAUUUUGAUUAUGUUUAUUAAUUAUUUGUAAUUGUGAAAUUGAAUAUAUUGAAAUCUUGAUAUCUUUGCUUUUUUGUUAGAAAUGUUUAUAUUCUGUGUGUACAAAUAUCAUCAAAAUGCAGUUUUUAAAAUCACAAAUUUGUAAGAAAAAAUGAAAGUGAGUAAAGUGAUAAGUCAAAGAAAAAUCAUUCAUAAUAUAUAUACAUAUUCUGGCAAUAAUUUCCUUCCAUUUAUUUGUAAGAAAAAGAGAAGAAAAUUAAAAGAACAAUAUAACAAAAGUCAUUUAUGUUUUAAGAUAUUUUGUAAAUGCCUCUAUGAAAAGAGAAGAGAAGGAAAAAAAAGACAGGUAGUACCAGAAUUAUUAUUGACACUGUAUGCAUAAAUACUAAGAUAGUUUUUAAAAUCACAAAUUUAAAGAAAAGAAAAAAAGGGGAGAAAAAAAACCUAAUUAUAUGAUUUGGGAUUUUCUAUUAGGUUUUAUGUGGAAGAGAGAUAACCUUGAUUUAUUUUUAUAAAUGAAUUGUAAAAAGUACUAUAUUUUUUAUAUUUCUAAAAGUGCCAUGUAAUGAAUAAUCUUCAAUUAUAUAUUUAUAUGUGUGUGUAUCUGUCUAUAAUAACAAAUCAUGAAUGUUUGUUUUUCACUGAAUAUAAAUUACUUUACAUAUAUAAAAAAUGCUAUUUUGUACAGAAUGCACUUAUUGCCAAGUUUUUAAUAAAUUAAAAGUGU